CUGCCUGUGUGUUACCUGCCUAGUAACCUGGGUGCAUGUGUGUGCGUGUGUGACUUCCCGCAUAACCUGCGUGUGUGUGUGUGUGUGUGAGACCUGCAGUAACCGGAUGCAUGUGUGUGACUUCCCCAGUAACCCGUUACCCCAGUGUGUGUGUAUAUGUGUGUAGCGGUUGUUAACAUAUGCAAGGUAGAGUCCUAGCAAGAUACCUGUUGUGAGGGUCAGCACUUCUGGCUUUUCCCUGUGGGAAGAGGAUCUGGGCACCACUUUAGAGAUGAUCAGGAAGGGAGGGUCAUGAGUUAGUUUUGGUGAGGACUGGUAGUUUCUUUAGCCUUUUAAAAAAUAAAUAUAGAUACUUUGAGAGGUUAGGAAGUGACCUGUUAUGGGCCAGGUAGGUAGGUGAUGUGCAUUCUGCCAGGGCUUAUGGCAGAGAAAGGGCAGCUCUGGCCUCAGUUGCUGCAAGAAGGCAGGUCCAUUGGGGCUUGCUCUUCUGACUUUUCAGGAGAAAUUAGGAGUCAGGUAUAUGUGAAAUCUCUGAUUUUUAAGUACCGGCAACUAAUUUAAUUUUUUAAAUGUCUGUGGACUAAUCCAAUAAUGUUGGUAUGAUCCACCUGCAACCUUUGCACUGGGGCAUAGACAGGUGGGAAGACAAGAUUUACAAGAAUCAGUGCACACAGUGGACUUUUUAAAUUCCACCAAAGAAGUAGAAACUAUUGAGGAUAGAUACCAGGAUUUCUAAGAAGCUCCACUUUUCUAGUUUUUUUUUGAAGAACAGGGUGCAAGGAGGUCUGUGUUAGUUCUAAAGCCUUCCUUUCCUCUCCCUCCUCUCUCACAAUCUGGUCCAUCUCACGAAGCCGGGUUGCAGCCCAGAGAAGGGCUCUCCUCCCUCUUCCCUAGAACCCUCCUGUAAUCGGGAUGAACUGGGUGCUUGUAAGAAACCAGGGCUUCAAGUUGGCAUUUGCCUUCCCUGUGGCUGGCAGAUGGGCUUUCUGUGACCAGAGCCUGUUUUGUAGACAAACCUGAUUGUGAAAUUGGUGUGAUACUGGGGAGGGAGGCCCCACUUCCACCCUUCUUGAGUUCUAUACCCAUCAGAGUACUCCACUGCCUCCUCCCUCCUCCCUCACUUCCUGUCACUUACUGACAAAGGCAAGAUUGGAGCGGGAGAAGGGGAGGCAAUCCUGACUCCCUUCCUCAAGCAGGCCAGCCUAGAGAAGUCAGGAGGCUGAGUUUUUCAGCAAGGACUCAGGAGAUGAGGUCACAAAGUUUUCUUUCACAACUAGAGCCUAUUGAUGCUCUAACUUCGAAAAUGGUUGUUGCAAGGAAAUUAAACCAGCUUUCCCUUGGUUCAGGACAGCCACAAUGCCACCCCUACCUGUGGGGUGGAACUAUUGAACCCAGCGGGAGUCGGGCCACUUCUCCCCCUGCCCUCCCACACACCCCGGCACCUGCUGGUCCUCCAGUUCUGCAGAGCCCUGGGCUUGUGCCUUGUGCUGGCCUGACUGGGUUAAAUGGAGGUUGGAAGUAGUAUUUGCACAAUGAUGCCUUAUUAGCCUCUGUGGGUUUCAACUUAAAGUCAUUCAGAGCAGGUCGGAAGCUGGAUUUUUUGAUAGACAAUAAAGGAUAAAGUGGCUGUUUCCUGCCUCUUCUACAUGCAUUUUCUUGCUGUGCAGGAACCAUUUCAAGAGUACAGAUCCAUAAUUCUGCAGAAAACCUGUUUUAGGAGUGGCACCUGGGCCGUGUGCACUGGUCUGGAAGCCAGCCUUGCAGACCAAGCUUCGUAGGCUGAAGGUCUUCAUGUUCCUGGGAAUGGGAGGCUCAUUGCAGCCUCCCGAGGGGUCUUCCUGGGAAGGGGACCUGAGCUUCAUUUCCCUUUUUCUAGCAUAAUUGACAGAUGAAAAACUGGAUAUAAACCAGAACUAAGCUAGAAGGUGAUUAAAUAUUUUGCAGAAGGAUUUUUAACUUUUUGAAAGGUUUUACCCUGAGAUUAAUUCCUUUGGUUAUCUUAAUAUUUGAAAUAAAUUAGUAUUUGAAAUAAAACUCAUUUUGUUUGUCUACAUAGUUUCACAGGCUACUGGGUAAAAUAAGUUAUGUUAUCCAUCCUCCCAUUUUUGAGUGGCAUCUGCCCUGUGCAGUUUCUUUACUCAUAUAAUGCUAUUUCAUUAUCUUGAUGUUCAUGUGUGAACAGGUCUUGAACCUCAAGUGGGCUCUCUUGGGAGGAGAAAGAAGCAUACAGUGGCUUUGCAAGUGGUUGCAGGUGGUGAGCAGAGGGGCCUGGAAGCCAGGCAGCAUUUUGGCAGUAUAGGACACUUUUGGCAGUAUAGGACACAUGGGAGCCAGAGCAGGGACAGGCACACCUGAAUUCUCUUCCAGUCCCUUAGGCAACCCUGCAGGACCUGCUGCAUAUACCUCUGCUGCCUGUCUCACCCCACUUGGUCAAACUGUUGUCAGGCAGCUGCAUCUGGGGAGCUUUCUCCCUGUGCAUGAGGUGAAACCUCAGCCUGGACAGGGGAAGGUUCUUGACUCUGAACAAAGAAUUCUUGAACAGGUCAGAUGAUAUAAGAAAGGAAUUCAUUAAAGUGAGAGUAGUAGUGAAUGGCAGCAGCCAUGCAGAUAGCAGAAAGCAAGGAAGAGCAGAGGGUGGAAAGGGAAACUCAUUGAACUCUUGCUUCGUGCAGGGCAAAUUUCUUGCCAACUCCUAAAGCCAGGGUCACCUGGCGUCCAGUGUCUACUUGAAUUGACAUGGUGUGGGAACUAAGCCUCUACCAUCCCAGGAUUUGGGGGAGUUGCAGUGCACUGGGUGGAGUGAGAUUAUGUUCUGAGAACUUUGCAAAGGCAAAGAGGAGAUUUUUGGGCAGGCUGCUAAAGAGCAUGAUCGUACAGCCACGGUUCUGCCCAGGUCACCUAGGUGAUGGGAACUUGCAAGCCCAAACCAGGGAUCUCAGCAGCCCUUCUGUACUUGUCUGAAGUAGGACAGAGAAAGUGAAGACUUGUGCUUAAGUCUAGAAAAUAGAAUGAAAUAGUGAAGUAACAAAGAUGCUUACCACUGGAAGAGUGCAGAGACAAAACGCAGUUAAGUUGAGCAGUGAGAAGUCUUUAUAUAAGGCAAAAAGUACACACUUAGAGGGGAGUGCAGGAGGCCCACUUAAGGACUUAGGAUUCUGUCUUUGAAGGCUUCCAAGAAUGGGGCAGAGGAUGGAGGUGGGGGGGAAUGUAGGCUGGACUUGGUCCCAUGAUGUCUCUCUCUGGUCACCAUCCACAGUCCUCUAGAUACUCUGUAAGAUAAACUUAGCACAAGGAAUUUAUUGAUUCUGUUCUUCUCCAAGGUCUGAUUACCCUCAAGCAAAACUGGGAACAUAUCGCUUAGAACUGCUUGCCCUGCCUAAGAAAGAUUGUUGGCUGAUUACCAAAGAAUAUGUUAGGAAUCUUACCUCCUAACUCCUUGGUUUUUAAAAUGGAAUCUUAGCCUUAAGAUGGAGUCCCUCCUGUUCUUACUAUACUGUUUAUAUCUUGGCAUUUUUAAUCAUAGGCAGGAGAAGUUAAUCAUGUGCUUGUCCUGUGUCCCUGCCCUACCUCACAACAGACACCUCUGGGGGACACCUGUUUACAGUUUCUGAACUCGGGGACUGAGUAACGUCUUGGGUCAUGCUCUCCUAGAAUAUUGCUGCCCAGAAUGAGUGUGGCAAAAUGCAGGUCUGCCUCUCCUGACCCCAAAGAAGUUCUAAAGCCAAGGAAUCUGACACUCUGCUCACAUGGUUGGCAAGUGAGGUCACAAGGCCAGUGUGGCUACAGAGUCCCGUACUUUCCCCUUCCCUGAUUUGGCGUGAGCUCAGAUGACCUGUCACUCAAGAGGAGAUACCAGGCUGGGACUUUCCGCACUCUACAAAGCUUUGUGCUUCAGGAAUUGCCUGAGCCAGUGGAAAGGCCACUGAUGCAAGAGAGGUCAGACUUGCCUCACUGUGAUGAACUGGUGGAGCAUGUGGCUGGGAUUGCUCCUUUAUCUGUUGUAAAUCAGAAGGCCUGCCAAAAUGCCCAUUAUGAUGGAAGACAUCAUGAAACUGCUCUGCUCCAUUUCCGGGGAGAGGAAAAUGAAGGCUGCUGUCAAGCACUCUGGGAGGGGUGCCCUGCUCACGGGAGCUGUGGCGUUUGUCGGCGGUUUGGUUGGUGGCCCACCAGGACUAGCUGUUGGGGGUGCCGUUGGGGGUCUAUUAGGUGCAUGGAUGACGAGUGGACAGUUUAAGCCAAUUCCUCAGAUCCUAAUGGAGCUGCCUCCUGCUGAGCAACAGAAGCUCUUUAAUGAAGCCACUGCCAUCAUCAGGCACCUAGAAUGGACAGAUGCUGUGCAGCUGACCACACUGGUCAUGGGCAGUGAGGCUUUGCAGCAACAGCUGCUGGCCAUGCUGGUGGGAUACGUCACCAAGGAGCUCCAGGCAGAAGUUCAGUAUGACGACUAGGCUGCUCCUCCAGGAGGUGGUGGUCUGAUGUAGAUGAUUCUCCUUACUCCGGGAAGGUGAGCAGAGAGUUGGGAGGGGCCACACAUCAUCAGCCUAUUACCUAAAACGGAGCGAAGUCCGCUGGAGAGGCUCCUGCUGUGCUGUGCCACAUUCUGGAAAGUACUUAUGAAGGCGUUGCAUUUUGUGGUAGUGCGUGUAUGCUGACCUCCCUUUGCCUGGGAAGCUGGCAAGAAGCAAAGGCAUGCCUGUGGCAGACAUCUGGAUGUCUGAGUCUGCUCUCACUCCCGUGGAGGUGUGGAGGAAGGUUGCCAUGUUCAGCCUUCUCGUCUUCUCAAGACAACACCUUCACCCUCUUCUAGGCUCGGGUCUCAGGACCUUGGAGCCGGCCCAUGCUGGAACCAAGUUAGCUCUUGAAUGCACCCCUGCCCAGUGGCUUCUGAGUGACUUCAUGGAGGGGGCACUCAGUCUGUUGAGGGAAGCCACAAAUGUCAGUCAUCCAUUCCCUUCUCCCCCUAGCUGCCACCGGGCUCUUGCUCUCCCAGGACUUACUUCCAUCUGAAAAGUCAUGGUAGCUCUUGAGUUCUGCUUUUUAAAUUAAAUUCUUUCACUAAAAAGUAUUGCUCUUUCUGGAAUGGUAGGGUCAUAAACUAUUUCUAAGAAAUGUGUUCACCCUGAAUUUCCCCUAAUAACUGUGUUCAUUUUGCUUUCAGAGCCACAACUUGACUGUCAUCAAAUUGCAACAGUUUUUUUCUCGACAGUCUUUUUUCCACAUUUUUGUGUAAAACAUCUCUACCCAUCAUUUGGAGUCAUAGCCAUGGAACACAAGGGAGAAGAUACUGGAUUUGUGGCUUUUAAAGAAUGAGAGAAGGCACCUGAUUCCAGGGCCUGAGACCUGACUUUCCAGGCCAAUUUGGCCUCCCUGUCCUGCCAGUGUGCACACACCACCCUGAGCUUCCACUAACAACUACAGAAUGUCCCUCAGGUCCCAGGCCCUGGGGCAGGGUGGAGACUUGAGGCUCUUUGCAUGAACAGAUGCAGCAUAGGCCUCCCUGGGAGUACAGAGGGAGGUACUCCUGCUGCUGAGAGCCAGUAUCCUGGUACCUCCAUGUGUGUAAAGAAAACUUCAGGGUGAACUAGAAACCCCGGUGAUAAAGGAAGGUUAAGCCAUUAUGUCUCAGAAAAAUUGCUCUUCUGCUGGUUCAUCCAGGACAAGUCAGGUCCCUAGCACAGGCCCCACUCCUGUAGUUGAAGCCAUUUGGGUUAUUAUGUGCUGCUUGAGUUGGGGACAGGGUGAGGGUCCAUUCAGAUGAUUCUCCUAACUCAGAAGGUGACAGGGGAAUUGGGGAAGCCCCACCCCAGGGGACACAGGUGGUCCCAGCUCAGAGGUUGCCACCAUUGUACCCUGGAGCCCUUCCCUGCCCCGCUACCACCUGCCUUUACUCCUGGGAAAAACGCCCUGGGGAGGUGAUGGCCUGACUCCUGACCAGUUGUGUGUCAGAUGGAGCAGACUUGCUGAGCUAAGUCACCCGUGAUGAGACGAGUCUGGGGUGAUUUGCAGUGGGCUUUGGGCCUAAGAGUCCAGUCUCUCCCAGGAGCUGAACGCACUUCCUUGCUUUCCCCUCGGAUUUUUCUCAGCUUCUAUGUGUUUAGUAUUUGUAUCUUUUUUGUAAAAAUAUUUAUUUAUUUAUUUUUGAUUAGGACAUACCAGUCUGGUAUAAAACUCAAAAGAUACCAGAAGGCACAAAUGGAGAAGGAAAGCUCCUAUGCUGACCCCUGUCCUAGCCCCUCCCUAGAGGCUGCCUCUGUACCAAUUUCUUAUUCAUUGCUUUAACUCUGUUUUCAAAUAGUAUUUGAAAAUAUACUCAUUUCCUUUUGUCAGUGUUUGUUGCUGAAAACUUAGAAAAAAACAGAAAAAAGAUGAAAUAAACACCACUACAAACUUCACUAGUCAGAAAAUCACUGUUAACAAAUUUGGCAUGUAUAAUGCAAACCAUGUAAUGUGCAUUUCUAAUGAAGUUGCAUCUUAAUGUUUAGGCCUCUGAAUACUUUUACCAACUGACAUUAACAUGUGCAAUGUAAUUUAAAAUUUCUUGUAAGCAUGUGUAGUGGCUCUGUAACAUUCCAUUGUGCUUAAGCCGGCCCCUGAUGUGGUUUCCUUUGUAGGUGUUUACCAUUAUAAUGCUGCAGUGAACACUUCUGUUCAUAUUUUGAAUUAUGACAGAUAGUCUUUAUGAAUGAUUCCUUAAAGUGAAAUUGCUGGACUAAAGUAUGCAAUAUUUUUUUAAGGCUAUUAUAUUUGGUCAAAAUUCUUUUUAGAUAGGCAGUAUCCAUAAUUUGUUUUCCCAAAAACAAGGUUUUUGCAGGUGAACAUAUCACUGCAUCCUCACCAAAAAAUAGAAUGAUAGUGUUUUAACACUUUAUUAAUUUUAUGGGUGAUAAGUGACAUCCUGGUUUGAUUUGUUUUUCUUUGGAUUGAGAAUGGGAUUGACAAGGCCUGAAUCACCUCCUGGCAGACACCUGCCCAGGUGGUGCAGAGAGCUCCCAGGCCCCUGUGGCUGAGGCCCAGCACAGGCUAAGGAGGCCAUGACCUAAGCAGGGGGCUGCUGCAGCCUGGCCCUACCUGUGGCUAGCCCAUGAUGGCUGGCUGGGUGGUAGUGGUGGGGUGGCUAGAAAAGGCAAGGGGCUGCCAGCAGGGUAAGGUGGCAGCUGGAGAGGAAGCCUUGGUGGGGGACCCAGUAAUUAGGAAAAUAAACCAUCUGCUCUGGGCUGGUUACUAACCUGCUUUGGGUAUCAGUGUGGCAGUGCCAAGCAAGAUAUUUCACAAGCAGAUGGUGUAUUUUUAGCUAGAAUGGACUUUUCAAUUUUUCUGUUUUUUGAGAUGUCUGGCUUGGAAGUAAAUGACUGAAGUGGUUGCGAUGUGGGAGGCUGGGCGGACAGGCUCAGGGUUUGGAAGUGUCGGCUCCCCAUUAGUUACUGAGAGGUGCCACCUAGUGGGCAAGUGGACGCAUCCUGUCUCCUUCCCUCCCAGCAGGCCCACCAAGCCUUCUCAGAGUCGCCGGCCAGGCCAGGAUAUGGCUCCACAAGGAUGCUCUUUUAUGAGUUCCCCAUGGGAGUGGACAGGGGUCUUCCUGAGGUUUUAAUAAGCCAAGAACAGAACAUCAGCCGUGUCUCCUGCAAAGUUUUUGCCUAUAAACCAGAACGUCUCUCAAUCUUUAAUAAUCUACAUAUGGCAAUUAAGAAAUGCCAGGAUUUAUCUAAACCACGUGUGAGGGGGACUAUCUGAUGUGAUUUCAGUUUGUUGGGAGGAGAUAAAUGACUUUAUUGCUGGAGGAGGCUUCUUGGACUAUUAGUUAUGACAAGAGUGGUCAGGAGGCCAAACUUGGGCCUGGCUAGCUGAAUUACAGCCUGGGGGCAGCUCUGGGUGCCCCCAAAUGCUGGUAAAUGGGAGUGUUGAAAAAUGUUUUUCUAAACUAAGGGAAGGACUUUUCUCACUUGUAAUUAGCAAAUGCAAGGAUAAUAUCUAGGAGAUAAUAUGUCACACAAUAAUUAAUUAGUGAAAAUGAAUACAAAUGAUCAAACCCAGAACUGGCAAGGCUAUGGGAAAACAAUGCAUACACACACACAGCAUUGGAGAAAAUACACACUGAUAAGUCUUUUGGGAGAGUGAUUUGAAGAAAAAAAGUCUCAGGAACUAUAAAAUUGUAUAUAUUUUCCAGCCAACAAAUCUCACUUUAGGGAAAACAUUACAGUAAAAUAAUUCAAAUGGGGAAAAGAUAAAGAUAUUCAUAGCUUUGAUGUUUAUGAUAGGGAAAAAGAAACAAUUCCAGUGUUAAACAAGAGGGAAAUCAUGAACUAUAUAUGUGGGCAGUAUAAUGGGAUACUAAUAGCCAAUUUUAAUAAGUAGUAAAUGGGGAUGCGGGUGUGAAAUCAGUAGAAUUGCUCUGUACCCAUUAUUUACUUCACAGCAGUUUCAUCCUAUGUGCUUGGGAGAAAAUAAGAAAAAGACAAUUGUAACAGGUGCUGCUGGUCUUUAGGACCUCCUCUGAGGUGAGGGAAUGGCUCAGGAAGCUGGACAGGCAGGCAAAAAUUUCUAAGUGCAGGCAUCUUGUGCCUGAGGGGAUUCUAGUGUUAACAAAUGUGAAUUAUUUACCUGUCCCAAAACCAACAAGAAGUAAACUGGUCCCCAGCUUCCUGGGGCUGUCUCCCAGGAACUGUCAAGGGCACCUUGACACAAGGUAGCAUCCUCACGAGCCCUGUGUGGGCCCUACAUCCUCAGAGGCGUGGUUCUACUGCAACAUGAAAUUCCAGAGCACAGUCCCAGAUGGGUGGCACAUGUGCCCCAUGAAAACUUUAUUUAAUGUACAUGUGCCCCUGACCAAUGCAGGAGGGCCAGCCAUGCUGGGAGCUGUUUUGGGUGUAGGGUCUUCUCUCUGGGCCUGUCCAAUAGAAAUACAACACAAGCCACACAUGUGAGCCACAUAAAUCAUUUUAGAUUUUUUAGUAACCACAUUUUAAAAAAGUAAAAUGGAACAGAUGAAAUUAGUUUAAUGAUACACUUUAUUUAACCCAACAUAGCCAACAUUUCAACAUGUAAUUGAUACAAAAGAUUGAGAUAAUUUCCAUUUUUUAUAGUAAGUCUCUGAAACCAGUGCAUAUUUUACACUUACAGUACACGUUAGAUCUGACUAGCCACAUGUCAAGCUACAUGUGGUCAAUGGCUACUGUAUCAGGCAUUACAACUCUAUAAGAUACAUAAUAGAAAGUGGAAAGAUGAAAGAUUUUCUUUUCCAUUUGGGUUGCCCUAUAAGGGUUGGGAACCUCUUUCUGUCCCUUCUCUCUUUGAAAGUUCAGUAUCUGGGCUUGUCUGAGUUGCUUGUUAGAGAUCAAGAGUAGGCUGGAUGGUUCUGUGGACUGAAUUGUGUCCCCUCCCAAAGUCAUAGGCUGCAGCUGCAAUCUGCAAUGUUAUGGUAUUUGGAGAUGGAGCCUUUUGGGAGGUGAUCAGUGUUAGAUGAGGCCAUGAGGGGGGAUCCCCAAGAUGAGAUUAGCGCCCUUAGGAGAAGAGACAGCAGAGAGUUUGGUCACUCUGCCGUGUGAGGACACAGUGAGAAACUGGCAUCUACAAACCAGGAGCUCUCACCAGAACCUGACCCUGCUGGCAUCCUCAUCUCAGGUUUCCAGCCUCCAGAACUGAAAGCAAGAAAUGUCUUCUGUUUAAGCUGCCUGGUGUGUGGUCCUUUGUGCUCUGGGCACAAGGAGCCCUGAAUCCCCAUCCCCUCCCCACCUGCACCAGCCUAGUUGGCUGUGGCUAAAGAAAAACACCUGACCCCAAAGAGGCCUCACUUUCAAUUCACAGCACUGAGCUCAGAGGGGCCUGCAAUGUCACUGGCAGGUACCCUGUAUUUUCUCAGCCCACUUCCGCUCCCAUUAACCUCUUCUUUCCUCAGCUCUCAGCCUUUCCUCCUCUGCCUUCUCUCCAGUGGUGACCCUGGUUCCUGUUUCACUGAGGAAAGGGAAGUGACCAGAAAAAAUGUUCAUUACCUACAUCCCUCCUCCUGUUACUAUGAACUGACCUUGCCCUUGACUUAGACCAGCCACUGCCCUGGGCAGCCCCUCUCCUCCUCCUCCCUCAUCACCAUUGCUAUGGGAAUGUAAAAUGGGGCAGCCACUUUGGGGAACAGUUUGAUAAUACCUCAAAAUAUUAAAAUACAGAGUUAUCAUAAGAGCUAGCCUUUUUACUCCUAGGUUUACACCCAAGAGAAUUGAAAACACAUGUCCACACAAAAACUUUAUACGAAUGUUCAUUAGUAGCAUUUUCACAAUAGCCAAAAAAAUGUUAGCCCAAAUGUCCAUCAGUUGAUGAGUGAAUAAACAAAACAUGGUAUACACAUUGGAAUAUUAUCAGCAAUAAAAAGGAAUUAUAUACUGAUACAUGCUACAACAUGGGUGAACUUUGAAAUAUGCUAAGAAGCCAGUCAUAAAAGAUGACAUAUUAUAUGAUUCCACUUAUAUGAAAUGUCUGACAUCUUUUUCUCACCAUGCCCCCUCAUAUCCAAUCUAUUAGCAAAUUGUGUUUGUUCUAUCUUUAAAUAUAUCAGUAAUUUAAUCUCUUUUCAGCACUUCCCCUGGACCCUGGCCCAAGCAAUCAUCACUUCCUGCCUCCUCAGAGGUUUCCUAGUUGCCCUGGGGGGUCCUCUUGUCAGGCUCUUUGGCAGCUCGUGAUCCUGCUGAAACCAGUCAGACCGUGCCCCUUCUCCGCUGAAACCUUCCCAUGACACCUGCUGUGUCACUAAGAAAAAGCCAGUCCUUACAGUGCCUCCAGGGCCGCUUCCUUCUCCUCUCCCCUUAUGUCUUCCUCUCCUGCCGCUCUCCUCACUUGUUUGGCUCCUGGCACACUGGCCUCCUCCAAGCCCUUGACCAUGCCAGGGACAUUCCCAGCUCCAGGCAUCUGCACUUGUUGCUUCUUCUGCCCUGAAUGUUCUCCCAAUUACCUGUCUUGUUUCCUUCAAAUCUUGGCUCAACUUCACCUUUUCACUGAAGACUUGCUGACCACUUGAUCUGAAAUUAUAGCCACCCAGCCCUCACUAUCCCCUAUCUUGUGUUGUUAAGAUCUACAGCACUCGAAACCUUCUAAAAUAUACCAUUAUUCGUUUUGGGAUUUUUUUUUUUCCUGAUGGAGAGGAUCUAUAUCAAAGAGAAAAAUGUUGACAUAAUCUUUUCAGAAAAUAAGCAACAAAAAAGCACAUCGGCAAAGCUGAACUAACAAGGCACACAAGUGAAUUUGUGUGGCCCCUUUUGGUUGGGAAUCUUCCUAGUGCUGGAAAUGAAACCAGAGAUAUGAGAAAACAUAAUAUACUUUUCAAUCGCAUUUAUUGCCUGUCCCGCUUCACUUGAACAUGAGCUCCAUGAGAGGAGGGAUUUUUGUUUUGUUCACAACUCUAUCCCUGGUGCUUGGAGAUACUCAGUAAAUACUGGUUGAAUGAAUAAAUACAAAUUGGAAAGCUGA